UAAAAUCAUGUACUCAAAUUUAGGCAUCAAAUCAAAUUAAAAGAAAAUGCAAGCUUCUCAUCCCUUCCAUUUCCGAAUUCAGUGGCCACUCCUCUUUCCCUCUACUGCCUCAUCAUCUCUGCGCAUGUCUGGGACGCUAAAACCCUGAUUACUCCACCAUUGAUAAGGGGUUUAUCCUCCUGGCUCACUUCUUCAUACAAAAUCUGCUAUCCCACAAUGGCGCUUACGCUCUCCAAUUCGUCCCUCCUGUCUUCCUCCUCUCUCUACAGGUUCAACCAUCUCUUUAUCUCUCAACGCCGUCUCAAGCUGAGGGUUUCUCUCUCCCAUUCCAGCCGUCCCAGACUAAGAUUUUUCGCUGUUGCUACACCAGAGAAUCAUGUUUUUACCUCACCAGAAAUAGCAAAGUCAUUCGAUUUUACUUCUGAGGAAGGGAUAUACAAUUGGUGGGAGUCUCAUGGGUACUUUAAACCAAACUUUGGCCAGGGAACUGAUCCUUUUGUGAUUUCGAUGCCUCCUCCUAAUGUUACUGGUUCACUGCACAUGGGACAUGCAAUGUUCGUGACUCUUGAGGAUAUUAUGGUUAGAUAUCAUCGUAUGAAGGGAAGGCCUACACUUUGGGUACCUGGAACUGAUCAUGCUGGUAUUGCGACUCAGUUAGUUGUGGAAAGAAUGCUUGCAUCUGAAGGGAUAAAAAGGGUUGAUUUAAGUAGAGAUGAGUUCAUUAACCGAGUUUGGGAAUGGAAAGAGAAGUAUGGUGGAACCAUUGCAAAUCAGAUUAAGCGGCUUGGUGCUUCUUGUGAUUGGACUAGAGAACACUUCACCCUUGAUGAGCAGCUGAGUCAGGCUGUAAUUGAGGCAUUUGUGAGGCUUCAUGAAAAAGGCCUAAUUUACCAAGGGUCUUAUAUGGUAAAUUGGUCUCCUAGUCUACAGACUGCAGUAUCAGACUUGGAAGUUGAGUAUUCUGAAGAGCCUGGUACUUUAUAUUAUAUUAAGUAUCGUGUUGCGGGAGGUUCAAGGAGCGACUUUCUGACAAUAGCAACAACACGCCCAGAGACUUUAUUUGGUGACACAGCUGUUGCAGUGCAUCCUGAGGAUGAGCGUUAUGGGAAGUAUAUUGGAUGUUUGGCAAUUGUGCCUAUGACAUUUGGUCGCCAUGUCCCUAUAAUUUCUGACAAGUAUGUUGAUAAAGAAUUUGGAACUGGUGUAUUGAAGAUAAGUCCUGGGCAUGAUCACAAUGACUAUUUUCUUGCAAGAAAGAUUGGUCUUCCCAUACUUAAUGUGAUGAAUAAGGAUGGAACGCUAAAUGAGGUUGCUGGACUGUACUGUGGUCUUGAUCGGUUUGAGGCACGAAAGAAACUAUGGUCUGAUCUUGAGGAGACCGGCUUAGCUGUCAAGAAGGAACCCCACACUUUAAGAGUUCCCAGAUCACAGCGUGGUGGAGAAAUCAUUGAACCACUUGUAAGUAAACAGUGGUUCAUGACAAUGGAGCCCUUAGCUGAGAAGGCCCUUCAAGCAGUUGAGAAAGGAGAAUUGACCAUCAUGCCUGAAAGAUUUGAGAAGAUUUAUAAUCAUUGGCUAUCAAAUAUUAAGGAUUGGUGUAUAAGCAGACAACUAUGGUGGGGACACCGUAUACCAGUUUGGUACAUUGUGGGUAAGGACUGUGAAGACAAUUAUAUAGUUGCUAGGAAUGUCAAUGAAGCUCUUGAGAAAGCCCAUGAGAAGUAUGGCAAGGAUGUUGAAAUAUAUCAGGAUCCAGAUGUUCUUGACACUUGGUUUUCAAGUGCUCUGUGGCCCUUCAGUACUCUUGGAUGGCCAGAAGUUUCAGCUGACGAUUUCAGGCAAUUCUAUCCAACAACAAUGCUUGAAACUGGGCAUGAUAUUUUGUUCUUUUGGGUGGCACGAAUGGUAAUGAUGGGGAUUGAGUUCACAGGGACUGUACCAUUUUCAUAUGUUUAUCUGCAUGGACUUAUCCGUGACUCACAGGGGCGAAAGAUGUCUAAAACUUUGGGAAAUGUUAUAGAUCCAAUUGACACAAUCAAGGAAUUUGGCACUGAUGCUUUACGAUUCACUCUUGCUUUAGGAACUGCAGGACAGGACCUUAAUUUAUCCACUGAGAGGUUGACAUCUAACAAGGCCUUCACUAACAAAUUAUGGAAUGCUGGCAAGUUUAUACUGCAGAAUUUGCCUAGUCAAAGUGAUAUAUCUGCCUGGGAAAAUGUAAUGGCUUACAAGUUUGAUAAAGAUGAGUAUCUACACAAGCUACCUACACCAGAAUGUUGGGUGGUUUCAAAACUUCACUUGCUAAUUGACAUGGUCACCACCAGCUAUGAUAAAUUUUUCUUUGGAGAUGUUGGAAGAGAAACAUAUGAUUUCUUUUGGGGUGAUUUUGCUGAUUGGUAUAUUGAAGCCAGUAAAGCUCGCCUUUACCACCACUCUGGGGAUCAUUCAGUUGCUUUGCUGGCACAGGCAGUACUUGUAUAUGUUUUUGAAAACAUUCUGAAAGUGCUACAUCCAUUCAUGCCAUUUGUAACUGAGGAAUUAUGGCAGGCACUCCCCAAUCGGAAAGAAGCUCUUAUAGUAUCUCCAUGGCCUCAGGCUUCACUUCCAAGGCUUACCAAUUCAAUUAAAAAAUUUGAAAAUUUACAGGCUUUGACUAGAGCUAUCAGGAAUGCCCGGGCGGAAUACUCGGUCGAACCUGCCAAACGUAUAUCUGCAUCUAUAGUUGCAGGCGCAGAAGUUAUCCAGUAUAUUUCUAAAGAGAAAGAAGUUUUAGCUCUUCUCUCCCGGCUAGAUCUUCAAAACAUCCAUUUUACAAAUUCAGCUCCAGAGGAUGCAAAUCAAUCAAUCCACCUCGUUGUAGGGGAAGGUCUAGAGGCAUAUCUCCCCCUCGCUGAUAUGGUUGAUAUAUCUGCUGAAGUCGAACGCCUUUCUAAGCGUCUUUCCAAGAUGCAGACAGAAUAUAAAGGACUUGCAUCUCGCCUUAGUUCUUCCAAUUUCAUAGAGAAAGCUCCUGAGGAAGUUGUUCGUGGUGUUCAAGAAAAAGCAGCAGAAGCAGAGGAGAAGAUCAAUCUAACUCAAAAUCGUCUAGAUUUUCUCAAAUCCAGAGUUUUGGUAUUAGAAUAGGCUGUACUGGUGGAUCUUGAUUGCAUUUUUUUGUAAGUCUUCCAUUUUAUGCUCUCUUCCCCUUGGACCUAUUAACCGCAUGGUUGAAGCAUGCGAAUUUUGUUUCUUUUGCAUUUUGAGGCUGCAAAUUAUUAGCAUGCAAAUUUUGCAGCCCAGCAAUGGUGAAUUAUUAUUUUCCACAUUUCAUGUAUGCACAUUCAGAGGACACAUACCUGUGCCGACUAGUCUUUAACAAGCAUCUCCUUUGCAUGUUCCUUGCUGCCGCACUCCCUGCAGACUCAUUCAAAGGACAGUUUGUGAGACCUGCCUCUUCUGAAACCAUCUGUUGUGUGGCAAACAUCUCCUUGGCAUGUUCCUGGCAGCAGUGGUACCGAAGCAUUGGAUGGAUGAAGACGAAACUUGGUUACUAAAUUUGUUUCUUCAGUGGCUGGGGGUGUCAAUAGAAGCUGUGGCCAUUUAACUGUACAUUAUUAUAUUUGUAAUUGUAACAAAAUUCCCAUUGCUAAUAUUGAUCUGAAGCAGCUGUUUGGCUUUUUUCUGUGUAUCAAUUAUUUAUGUCACUUUGUAAAGAAUAUUUUGGCUGAACAAAUAUCUCAGCUUUUACCCACUGUUCCUCUCAGAAAUUAUCAUUUGUCGUGAUGAAAUUUGAAAGGGCGGUGUCCCAAUCAGCAACCUUGGUUUGCUUUUUCAAA